AUGGAUAACCCUCGACAGCUCGAGACACAGUCCUACACUGUGGCGUUGAUCUGCCCCUUAGCUAUCGAGUUAUCUGCAAUUCAACUGAUGCUCGAUGAGUUUCACAAGAAUCCUCCUCUGGACACGCGUGCUGACGAUAAUCAAUAUACUUGUGGAUCUAUAUACGGUCAUAACGUUGUUAUUGUCAGCCUGCCUUUGUGGCAGAAUGGAGUUGUCAGUGCUAGUCAUCUCGUCAAUCCGUUGACUCAAACCUUUCCGAAUCUUAGGGCAACCCUGUUGAUUGGCGUAGGCGGUGGCAUCCCAUGUGAGAAUCCGAACGAAGACCCCAAGCAAGAUAUACAUUUGGGAGACGUGGUGAUUGGAUGGUCGAAGAGUGGAAACCCAGCAGUUAUUCAAUGGGAUUCAGGAAAACGACUUCGAGGCGGGAAAAUCGACCGAACCAGUAUCUUUCCCCCACCAGAUCGUCGCAUCUUAAAUUCGCUCACUAAACUCCAAUCUGAACGUAUCCUCAACAAGGCACAAUUUCAAGAACAUCUCAAGAAGUGCACCGAAGAGCCCUCGGUAGGAAGUAAGUUCGCCUAUCCAGGAGUUAUUAACGAUACGCUCUACGAGGCAACAUACCGGCAUCCUGGCGGCACACCUACCUGCGCUUUAUGCGACCCUCAGCGAGUAAUAUACAGACGACCACGAGACACAACUGACCUUGAGGUGCAUUUUGGCACAAUUGCCAGUGGAAGCUCUGUCAUGCAGGACCCGAAAGCUAGAGACAAAAUAAGAAAGGAGGAGAAAGCGAUUUGUUUUGAGAUGGAGGCGGCGGGCAUAUUAGGCAGGCAAAAUUGUCUCGUCUUGAGAGGCAUAUCAGAUUAUGCGGACUCCCACAAGAAUGAUAUGUGGAAACCCUAUGCGGCAGCGACUGCAGCCUCAGUUGCAAGAGAAAUUCUACGUAUCAUGGAUCCCGGAGAGAUCGCAGGCUUGUCGAAGCUCACGAGUGAAGAGCAAGAAUGUUUAGAUACCUUUUCAACCUGCGAUUACGAGAGAUACCUUCUUCAAUCUCCUCAGAAGUUCCCCGGGACUUUGAAGUGGUUCAGCAGUCAUGAAACUUACUGCACAUGGCUUAAUACUACGUCAUCGCAACUCCUCCUCGUCAACGGGCCUCCAGGCUGUGGCAAGACAGUGAUUUCAAGGGCUUUGAUCGACGAGCUCUGCGGCUUGCAAGAAUUAAGAAUUCGCCCAACGUACUUUUUUUGCAACAACGCUAUACCUUCACAACGGACAGCUCAUGGUAUUCUCACUGUGUUGAUCCAUCAAAUCCUUGUACGGCAUUCUGGCUCGGCGUUCAAGGUUGUCUUACCAUAUUACCGAGCCCGAAAUCAGAGCCAAUGGGCUUUGGAGACUCUGUGGGAGCUCUUCGCAGCCCUUGUAUUGGACGGUCUUUGUCCAUCCCUUGUUAUAGACGGAUUGGACGAGUGCGACGAUCACUCUCAAACCUUCAUCAUCCAACAUUUCCACCAACUGGUCUUUCCUUCGGCCCUUCCUCGCCUGCCACUCAAGGUCUUCUUGACGUGUAGACUAACCUUCACAGUUAAAGCGGCUAUGAUCAGCUAUCCCAUAUCCUUAGUCCUCGCAAUGGAACAACAGCACCAAAACAUCAGCGGCGAUUUAUCCUUAGUCAUCCAAGCCAAGAUCAAAACAUUUGCAAACCUGUAUCGGAUAAGUCCAGAGGUACAGCGAGAUAUUGCAAGAAAGAUUGAAGAUAAAGCGGACGGUAAUUUCUUAUGGGUGACUCUUGCUGAGGAUCUACUACGUCAGGAAAGCAUCGUCACAGUAGAUGGUAUUGAGCAACUUCUCGACAGAAUCCCAAGCGGCUUGACGGGUGUCUAUAACGCGUGGAUCACACUUGCAGCCAGGCCACUGAAAACGGCCGAAUUGGGUCUGGCUUUGGCGCUCGAGUCUGGUUCAAGAGAUAUGAAAUACUCAGCUCGACGCCAGUUCCUCAACGUGGAGCUCGAACUUUUGAAGAUCUUGGGCCCUCUUGUGAAGGUGCUCAACGAUGAAGUUUAUUUGGUGCAUAAAUCAGCGAAGGAAUUUCUUUUAGGUUCUGCUUUUGAUGGCAAUGGAGGUCGUCUAGAGCCUCAUAUACAAAUCGUUCCCUCUAGGGAUCAUGCUACUCUAGCCGAAGUUUCUCUAAGGUAUCUAAGUCAUCUGGACAAAGAAGACAGCCAUCUUAAUGAAGAAGACGGUCAAGUUUCUGCUCAAGAUCCAAAGGAGGAUAACCAUCCAAUCUACGCAGCAGUAGACUGGCUAAGAAAUCGACGUAGGGCGCUAGCCCCGAUUCUUGAGGAGUUUCCAUUUCUUGAAUAUGCCGGAAGCAACUGGACUUUUCAUGCAAAGCACCAGGACCAGGCUCUGGAUUACAGCUCCUUUGACUGGCUCUUUGAUAAGUCAUCGGCGAUAUUCCAGCAAUGGAAGGCUUUAAAUGACUUGAAUGGGGGUCUUUUGUUCCGAGCCUGCUUGUCCCUCAGGCAGUUUGAGCUGGGGAUACUUCAUGUAGAAAAAGACGUCAUUCGAGGCGAUGCAAGUCCGAUUCACAUUGCAGCUUCCUUUGGGUUGAAUGACCUUGUCAUUUGCAUUUUCAAGAGGUCUAGAAGAGAUUGGGACUCAGCUCUCGCAGUAGCGUCAGAUGCAGGACAUUGUGACGUUGUUGAGUUCUUUUUGAGGCAAGCGACAUAUGGCUGUUCACUCAAACAUGCAAUUUUGCGAGCCUCAACAAUGGGACACCAUAAUGUGGUGUCGAUUCUGCUCAAACAUGGGGCAAUAGCAUAUGAUGGCGUCCUUGCUGCUGGAUUCAACGGACGUGACAAAGUCAUGCAGUUGCUUCUAGAGAGCGGUGCGCAUCGACAAAGACAUCUUGCCUUGUUGGCAGCUUCCAUUGGCGGGCAUUCUAGCACAGUUACGAUUAUCCUGCAAGGUAUGGAUACUUUGCCGAGCUAUAGCAGGGAGAUUGCUUUCUCGAUGAUUCAAGCCCACAAUUGCGGCAUUGAAGAUCCCGGAUAUCUAGCGGCAACUUUGGAGUUGAUGGAACUCAUUGAGGAAGAUAACCCUAAACAUGACGGCAUCCUUGCUCAAUUUUGGUCUCCUCUGCUGAUUACCGGUCAAGAUGUAGGAGAGUGGGAAGUUGCCUUGCUUAUAGCCACAGUGGUGGGAUUCAGUUCUAUUGUUGAUCUCUUACUCGACUAUUGGAAUGAUGGUGCCAGGCUUGAGAUUUCUGUGAAUCUUGAAAAAGAUGCUUGCUAG